GUUCAACCUGUGAAACCUUCUCCAACCUCUGUCUCUUCGCCAUUUUCUUCAGCAUCAACUGAACUGAGUUCCCUUCGUCCGGAGCAGCGAAAAAUUGAAAAUGGCGUUGAUGUUAAGAAGCAGCCGAAUGAAAUCCAAUUAUAUAUAUAGCUUUCGAAGAUUUUCCCACGCCAUAGCUCAACCAGCACCGCUUGAUAGAGCAGUUAAUUACCCGACAGCUUCAUCACCAUCGUUGGUUUUACCUGAAUAUGAAAACUAUUAUAACAACAACAACAACAACAAUAGCAUAGGAUUUAUGCUCCCAAAUUCACCUUUAUUUGGUGGGUCUAUGGAGCUCAUGGCUGUUCCUAAGAAAAAGGUUUCCCCUCAUAAGAGAGGCAUAAGAAAUGGACCAAAGGCUCUAAAACCAGUGCCAGUGAUUAUGCGUUGCAAGGUCUGUGGUCGAGUCAAAUUACCACAUUUCUUUUGCUGCAGUGGAAUUAAGCCUGGUGAUGAGAAUAGUUCCAACAGUUGAUCAACUUGAAGUGGAGCAUCCAACAUAAUUUCUUCAAUUUCAACUUUGUCGUCCAUUUUGUUUGAAAGAAAGAAGGCUAUAUAUGCACCAUGGCUGCAAAAUAGCAUAGGCCUAUUGCUGAAAACCUGUUUUGCAUGUUUAAGUAGCACUGUAUUAGUUGUAUUUCUUCUAAGUCUUCCCUUUGUUCGAUGACAGACUAGUUCUUGAAAAUCACAAGGCAUAAGAAAUCGCAGACUAGAGCAUGUACUAGUGCAAGUCAUCCCACAGAUAGCUCUUUCACAUUCGUCACUCUGGAACAAAGUAAAUUCAACAAUUUUAUAGAACAAAAAUUCCUGCGAGCGAAGAAACAAGAACUUACAUCAA